AUGUGGCAGAUUUUGAUGCUAACUGUUGUUGCUAUUACUCGGUCAUUUGGUGAAAGUUCAGGCGAUACUACAAUUUCUAGGACUAACUGCGAUCUGGCUAAGAAUAAAAUAGGUGUUGCAGCUAAUAUUAUAACGGUUUUCCAAUGCAAUCGACUGCGAAUUACAUGGAAUCAUCCCAUUGAUAUGCCUUUUGAGUGCUUGAAAUUCGUUGAAUACUCUAUUGAAUAUCCAUGUCAUGGAUUCUUCGUUCCGUGUAUGAAAUCACUCUCCUGCAAGAAGAUGAACAACAAUAGAUGCGAAAUAACUCUGCCUGUUGCAUCGAAUGCUCCAACAUUUCGAUAUCAAAUUGUGACCAUGUAUAACGGUCAAAAAGUCAAUAUGACAGACUCAUCCAUUAUAGAUCUUCCAAAAAAAUUUAAACCCGAUCCUCCGCAAAUAUGCAAUACACUUAUUGAUUUUAGAGAAAAAGUAGUCAAGUUUCAAUGCAUUGAAUCACAGGAUUGCUUUGACAAACGCGAUUACAUGUAUAAUUUUUACUUGAUCAAUAACGACAGGACUCAAGUGCUUCAAUUGGAUAGUAAGAUUAGCGUCAUUCAACGUCCAUUUAAUCAGUUUCACUUUAAUCAAGUCUACUCUUGGUUUGCUAAUACCAAAGCCCCAUCUCAAUUAGUUAGUGAUAAUACCACGAAAUGGUCAUUUAGUAUCCCAUCUAACGAGAGAAGUGAGAUAAAACCUGAUGCGACUGCGACCAAAACGAGGAGCUCUGCUACUACUGAUGAGAAUACCAAUUUUCCAUGUCGGCCAAUCAUAUGUCCAUGGCUAUAUCCAGAUAUUUCACCAGUACCAAUUGAAUCUGCAGGGAAACCAAUAAUAGCAAGUAAUAACUUUUAUUAUGCCAUUAAUAGUACUUUAAGCAUUCAGCUGAUAUGGCUAGCGAUUUCUUGUAUAGCUACAAAAUUGAUUCUAGUUAAAGACGUUAAAGAUUUCACGGUUUAUGGCUAUACACCAAGUUUGGGUGGCUAUACUACUCCGAGAAAAAGUCAGGUCUCAACUUUGAUUCCUUAUAAAUUACUUAAGACUAUCAGGCCUACCAUCAACGAUUUAGGUUCUAAAGCAUGGACUAUGUCAAAUACUGCAGAAACUAGGCGAGCUACUUAUAGCAAGAAUAAUGAAAAUACAGAUACAAGCACGAGUAAGACAACUACAACAAGGUCAACAAUUUCAACUGGAACUUCGGCACCUUCAGCUAUCGGAUGUUAUAUUAUAAUAGUUGUCCUAUUGGGUAUUUUAUUUGUACUCUCUAUAUUAGCAUGCUAUGUACAACAGUCGACUAAAAACGUCAUAAGCAAGUGCAAUGGAGAAAAUUCUUACGAGGUAAAAACGAAUAUUGCCGAUAGAUCUGCUAACCAUGUAAUUGUAUGCUAUCCUUGUAAAAAUAGUGGAGAUAUUGAUAAAAAUCAGGUUGAUAUCCCAAUGGAUCGAAUCACAAAUCUACCUAAUAGCAAUGUAGAUAAGAACAAGAGCGUGGCUCCAUUUCGAGUGGCUGAUCAAUUGCAAAACGGAUAUAGUUUAAGAAAUCCUUGUUUAAAUCGAAAUAACGCUAAUGAAGAUCAAAAUAAUGAGCAAGUAGAUCCAACCGCAAGUCUAUCUGAUAACAUUAUACAAGUUAACUACGAAAGCGCGAUCUUAUCUCGUGUUGAUAAUCAAUUACAACAUAGACAAAAGGGUGGAAAAGUAGCUAUAAAUAUUGAAGAAAAUCUACAAAACAGGCCUAUCAACAAUCGAGAAAGUUCUGCCAGUCUUGAUUUCACUAAUAAAAAUGAUGACCAACAAGCCCAGUUUGCCGCUUUUAGACAAAAAAAUGUAUCUUCUAAUCUAUCCAUAGGGUAUACUGAUUUAUUUCAACAGAUGCUCAUCAAUAAUUAUGCUCCUACAGUAGAGCAAGUGAAUCAUACCGUGAGAAACUUCCACAACGAUUUAAAAACUGAGAGAAUCUUCAAUGAUGGCUCUUCAUUUAGAAGAUAUCAAUUUCGAACUUCUGGUGGAAUUGUUGUGCCUAACAGAUUGCCUCCAUUAAUUCAUGUGGGUAUUAAUGGACUAAUGAGAUGUUAUUCCAAUAUCGAAACCGGGGUUAAUGAUGCGAAAGAAAAUUCCUACUACGAUUUACCCUUUGCAAAAAAUCAGUUCCAAGAUUUCGAUACAACUGAAAAUUUUAACAGAUUACCUGGAAUAAGUAAUAUGAACAAUAAUCGACUCAUGAGAAGUUAUUCUAAUUUUGAGACUGGUACUAAAGAUGAUAAAAGAUUGACGGAAGGCUAUCGAGUUACCGAUGUCAAUGCUAUAGAUAUUAACGAACAAGAUAUUAAUAGCUCACUGGCAUCAUUUCCUAGUAAUGUAACUCUAACAUUUUAUCCAUUUACUUCAAGGAUUACUUACUCCAAUUCUGAAGUUGCAAUAUGUUCCGCUGGAAAUAGCAACGUUGCAGAUAUUGGUUCGUUAACUAGGCUUCCAGCCUAUGAAAAUUUCCCGUUUUCUAACAGGUAUCAUAGAGAUUUAAGUAUGGAUUCUGCUAGGCGAACGGACUCUUCGAAUUCACUAUUUCAAUAUUUUGAUGAAAACUAUGCUAAAUAUUCCUAUACAUGGCGUAAUUGCGAUGAUAUUUCUGGAUUUAGCCUACUUGAUAAAUGGUCUGAUCAAUCGUCAGAUGAUAGUAACUAUGAUUCCCAAAGUAUCUUAUCCUUGACUAAUGUUCAUCCAAUCGAAAAUAGAGUAGAAUAA